AUGAAGUCGUCCGAGGGCAACGAGCAGGGCGAACCCACACUGCCGCCUCGUGCCAUCGUCGACCUCCUCUGCACGCUCGCCGCCCUGUCCCCAUCGCAGCUCGCGCUCGCCAUCACCCAAAAGCCCGAGAUCGGCACGCUGGCCACAUCGGCGCUGCACCAGCUUGCCCUCUGCACCGUCUCGCAACCGCUGCCAGCUCCGAGUGCCGUGCAACACGAUGCCACCUCGGCCAUCCUCACCAUCCUGACAGCGCUCAUCGAACGGGGAGACCCUUCCCUGGCGCGCAAGCUCAUCCCCACCCCCGGAUCCGUCAUCGAUCUGACCCUCUGCGCUGCGGCCUCCCGGGCAGGCCAGGCCCGAGACGUGCUGGAACGCCUGCUCGACGUACACACCACCGCGGAGCUCGUCGAGGGUCUCGAGGCGCAGAUCAACCAGCGCCUCGCGUUCGAUCCUGCAAAGGUCGACGAAGAUUCAGCUGCCUACCGAUGUGCGUCGCUGCGGAGCGCGGCGAGGAUUUUGGCCUCUUUCCUCACUGCCUGUCCCCUUCCGACGCUAAGGGAGUCGCACGCCGCUAUCCGAUCUCUGGUCACGGUGCUGUCGAGCGUCUACCUCGACACGCUUCCGGCCAUGGCCCAGGUACUUGGAAACGUCGACGCGGCUCAGCUGGAUGGUUCGGCGUUCGAAGCCGCCCCCUGGCAGCUGCAUUGGCUCACCGCCAAGGUCGACCUGCUGCAGGCCAUCUACAGGCUCCUCUGGGUCUGCCUUGAUCGGUCCUCACCGCUCGCACAGCAUGACGAACUCAAGUCGACCGUUCUCGUUACGGUGGCACGGCCGAUAGCAUCGGUCAACGGCCGCUCGGGAGCAUCAAUACCGCUCCUGACGGCGGACCUGCUCGAGGACCUCACCUCGUGCUUUGCACUCGGCCCGCUCGUUGCCAGCGCAGGUCUCCAAAAUGCCAAGGCCAAGGCUGUCGUGACGCGGAUAGACAGUCUAGAGUCCAACCGCAGCUCGAUGGCAACGAGCAAGUUCACAGGCGCAGGCUGGGCUGCCCUGCAGAGGGUCGUCCGUCAGCGAUCACAGGCCAGCGAGGCCAAGGGCAAGAGCAGGCACAUGGACGGCGCAGAGGCGACCGGCCAGGCUGGCUUCAGUCCGGACGAGACCCUGCUCGUCACCGUCAACUCGAUCCUGCCGCACCUCGAGAUGGACCGAUUGCGCGUCAUCCUGGCUCGACCUUCGUUCCGAGGCCAGUCGGCGGAAGAGGUCAUCCAGCGGCUGCUCGAGGGCGACGAGGGCGAGCAGGACGCCCGGCCGGCAGCCGCUGCACCGGCGACGCCUGCUCCGAGACCCACAUCGCCGACAUACGUACCGCCGGAGCCGACGGCCACAUCGACACGGAAGCUGGUCAAGUCGCGGGCCAACGUGUUUGACGACGUGCCUCUGGACCUGUCGAAAGCGUCGUGGAACCAGGCCAAGGGCAAGGACAAGGACGUGGGAGCGCUCAGCUCGGACCUCAAGGCGGCCAUCCUGGCUCGAGCCGAGGCCAACAGCGAUGACGAGGACGAGGAGUGGAACCCAUUUGCCGAGGCGGCUCAGCAGAGGACGAUUGGCGUCGAAGACGAGCUGGAGCUCGACUACGAGGGCCGAGAGCUGGCAAGGGCGGGUCGUCGUGGCGGCGGCGGGGGUGACGACGACGACGACGACGGAGAAGGAGAAGACGGCGGAGCAGAGCCAGAGGGCCUGCAGCGGCGCAUGGGGACGGAGAGCGACGACGAAGACGACGAGGACGAAUCCACGGCGGCGACGGCGGCGACGGCGGCGACGGCCCAGCCCAGCGGUGCCGAGCGGGAGCGGGCGGCGGAGCGCGUGCUGAUCCGACACUAUUCGCGGCACGGCGGCCCGGCGUUUGCAAAGGACGCGGCGACGCGCAAGAGCGCGCAGCGCAAGGAGCUGCGGCAGCAGCUGGACGGCGUUGGCGGGCGGCGGUGGGACGACGGGCUUAUCGAGAGCUGGGCGACGAUGUUUGAGCGCAAUCCGCGCAAGGACAAGCUGCUGGCGUCGGCCAACGACAUCCUGCUCAACGCCGCGCCCGGCAACCACCAUUUCGGCGGGGGCGGCGGUGGCAAUGCCAACCACGGUGCGGGUGGACAGGGCGAGGAGAGGAGAUUUGGGCCGGAUCGCGGGCGCGGUGGACGCAUCAUGCGCGGCGGUGGGCGUGGAGGGGGAGGGGGAGGGGGAGGAGGAGCGAGGGGUGGCGGUGGCCAACAAGGCGGCGGAUCGAGCAGUCGCGGACGGGGCACGGGCAACAGCGGCAACGACCGAGCGGCCAAGAUGAAGGAGAAGCGGGGCAACCAGGCGCGGCAGCGCGGCUUUGACAAAAAGGUGGCCAGAGGCGCCGCGGGGGUCGCUGGCGACUAG